AUGUCGAGUCCACUCUCAGACGAUACGAACAACAAUGUCAGGCCCCCGGCGGCGUCAUCGGUGUCAGGCCAGACGGCGGCCAGCCAGUCGGGCAUUAUUCCUGAGCUUACACCGCAAGAAUACCGAGAAGCUAUUUCCUUUCACGCAAAACAGACGACUCGUCAAUCUGCUUAUCCUGGGCAGAACUUUGAAGGUUUGGAUGAUUUUCUGGAACGCAACUUCAUUCCGCAGUAUAUGCCAACGCGUCCAAGCUUUCGUAUGAAUGGAAAUCGGAACAGCAACGCAAGUAGAUCACCAAGUUUGAACACCCUGGCAUCACCAUCACUGGCCACGCUGUACACUUUACAGCACUCCUUAGAGGUCGGAACUGCCAAUGGUGCAAAUGUGUAUAGAAAAGUUGAACACCUUGAUACUGCCUCGCAACUACCCCAAUAUUUUCAAUCUAUACCAGCAAUUCCAAAUACGAAUGGUGCCAUACUUCGGAGACACAGCACUAAUAGCAAGAUCAAUAACAGCAGCAAUAACAACGACAACACUCAGUACAAAUCACAUGUACUAUUUAUGGCUGGGUAUCCAACAUCCGAAUGGCUGACCACAAUUGGAUCUUUGAUUCAAGUUGAUCCACAGCACUAUGAGCGACAUCUUUCAUUCCUAUAUCGACAAUCCUACUAUACAUCGCCAUCCCUACCUUCUACGGAGCAGAACAUCAUCUUUCUUCGCUUCAUUACCCUUGGGCGUCGAUACUCCAAAGGCAAUACUCAGGAACAUAUCGAUCGGUUGCGGAAACAUGGAGCUAGUGAAAUGGAGCAAUACCAACAUUACUUGAAACUCAAUCGGGAGGUCAAGCCUGGAGAUUCAAUUGUGAGGAGGUACUCCGUGCUUGAUGAUGAACACUUUUCGAUCGAGCAGGAUAUUUCAGUUUCGUUGAACUUUACAGGCAAGCAAUGGGUUGCGUUGGUACUGUAUGAUUCCGGGAAUGACCUUUUGGAAAGCAUCAGAGGGCCCUGGCUCGACGAAGAUGAUCAUGUCGACCCUCCAGGUACAAGAUGUAAAACGAGCUUUCUACCUACCAUCCGUCAUCGAGCCAAACUCGCGCUCAAGUCGAAGAAAUACACGCUACCUCUUGAAGAGCAAGGAAAGGGCGGAGAAGUGCCACAGGUUGCAUCGCUUAUCAGACGGGACUAUGGAAAAUUAUUAGACUGGCCGACGAUGAAAUUAGACCCUUUCUACGCACUGCAUGAGCUAUUUGAAUAUUCCGCUGCAUCAGAAUUGCAAUUUUUGAAUCUCGUGGAGGAUAAGCUCGCUUCUGAAACGAACUACGAAGCCCUACUUGCUACAGAAACUGUGUCUUUAUCCAACUUGCUCUACAUACUUGAGAUAUUACAAGCUCAUUCACGUCGACUAGCUGAGACCAUUGAGAAAAUUAAAUGCCGAGGGAGCGCUCAAUGGCCACACGCACCCGAGAACACGGAGUCAGGCAAAAAGGCCAAAGAGGCAGCCGAUGUCCUUCUCCGAGACUACAAAUUCCUACAAUCUAAGGCACACAACCUCGCCCAGCGAUGCGAGCGCAGCAUGACGGUGAUCAUGAAUAACGCUAACAUUGCCGAAUCCAAACGAGCAAUCGAACAAGCCAAACGUGUCGGGAAAUUAACCAUGUUGGCGUUCUUCUACGUUCCGUUAUCGUUCACGGCAUCUUUCUUCGGUAUGAAUUUUGAUCAGUUUGAAACCGGUCCUUAUUUGGGGGUCUGGGUUUGGUUUGUUGUUACAAUACCGGUGAUGCUGUUGUCGAUUGCCUUCUAUCAUUGGGACAUGUCAAAGGCGCUAGAAUAUGGAGCGGAGAUAUUGAGCAAGGUGAGGCUUUCAUGGGCGACGUGA